AUGCCAAAAACCCGGUCUUUCGAGCCCAUUAAGCUGUAUGGGAAGCUUGAGGACAAGAUUGAUAGCCUCGUUUCUCAGCUAGAGCGCAGUCGGGUGAUAAAGUCUGUCGUGAAUACACUAUCGACACCUCAAACCUAUACCAGCUCUCCCGUCUCAUCCUAUACAAUCACUAAGAUUCAGGCUUCGCCUGGCUCGACAGAGCCAACGGUCGACCCUUCUUCACCCGAGCAAUGUCUGGCGGAAUUUCGGGUGAAAAUGCUCAAGUAUUUCCCAUUCAUGCAUCUUCCUUACAACGCAGAAUGGAUGUAUACUCAUCGACCCUUUCUAUUCACUUGCAUACAAGCAGCAUCUUCUCGAUCAACGAAGGUCAAACUCGAACUGGGAGAGAAAAUCAAACAAACAUUGAUCCAGCGCGUCUAUUUCGACAACAAUGCGCACUCGGUUGACCUCGAUCUACUUCUCGGACUCCUAACCUUUAUUGCCUGGGGCCAUGACAAUCUCCUUAAUGGAACAUCUGCUAGAGUGUCCCGGUUUUCACAUUUAGCCAUGACAUUGGUGUUUAGCCUCCGCCUUAACAAGCCGCCGCCACAGGAGUCAAAUAUGCUUCCGUUGGAAAAGACAAGCUCCAACACAGACAACCCUGCAAGGACCCUAGAAGAGAGACGGGCUGUUUUAGGAUGCUUUGUUGUGAGCUCGGUCGUAUCCUCAUACUUCGCUCAAAUCGACACGAUGCAGUGGACGCCAUACAUGGAUGAGUGUAUCGAAGUUUUGAGUGAACAGAAAGAAUCCAUGUACGAUGAGGCGUUCGUACAGCAGGUCAAACUCCAACGCCUCGCGGAAGAUAUUGAAGACAUCAAAGGGAGGGACAAAUUGCCACCGGCCUUUUUCUCAGCGGGUCUCCGAUACAGAUUGAAUGAUAUCAAAAUGCAGCUGUCACCACAACUACUUCAGGAUGAAAUUAUGCUUUCAUCAAUCUAUUACACGGAGUUGAGCAUAUCCGGACUCAUGCUCUGCAAUAAAAACUUCACAGACUCCCAGGAACUCGAAAGCCUUUAUCAAUGUCUUAACACAAUCAAAUCAGCCCUAGAGAACUUUUUCAGAUUACCCGCCUCCGAAUAUUUUGGAAUACCUUUUCCAUUCUUCACUCAACUUGCGAGAACUAUCGUCAUGUUAAUCAAGCUCUCAACAUCAACGGAUGCAUUUUGGGAUUCGGCACUAGUGACUGGAGAAAUCGACGUGCUACAAGUGCUGGAUCGACUGUUGAACAAUAUGGACGAAGCCCAAACAGCGAUGGGUGAUCAGGCUAAAGAUGGAUAUCUGGAUAAAGCUUUCAAGGUAUUUACAUCGGUCAGAUCGUGGUGUUCCUCAAGGCUUGACAGGAAGAUUGGAGAAGUGAUGUCAGAUCCUCUUUGCGAUGGAAACUUUGAGAGUAAUAUACAGUUAGAGGAUUUCUUUUUGGAUGAUGCUUGGUUCAAAGAUUAUUUGAUUUGA